CUGAAUGCGUCGAAGACGAAGGCAGUUAUCUUUGGUAGUCGUCAUAGAGUCGGCAGUGAUGCUUGCGUCUCAGCCGAAAAAAUUGUUGUUGAUGACUGUAUCAUUCCGUAUGUGGAAUCGGUUGAAUACUUAGGUGUCAUUAUUGAUAAUGUGCUAGCGUGGGAAGAUCAAUUGUUCGGGCGGAGGUUGGAGUUUUUAGAUGUUGCUUUGCGUAGAGGAGACAUAAGACAAGACUAUUUACGUUUGUCGCGCGCCAACUCGAAUAUGUAUGACAGAUCUUUCUUAGUUCAUGGCAUUCGCAUCUGGAACUCCUUGCCGGCGGACCUAACUUCUCUCGAUAAUUUGAAUCUAUUCAAAAAUGCUUGUUUUGCUUAUUUUUUGGAAAAUGAUAAUUGA